AUGAAGGCUGAGAAAGGUCCAACAUGUCACUUCUGGUGGAUCUUAGCCAAGGUCAUUUGCAUUGUAGGGUCUGUAAGGACUAUAGACUUACAAUACUCAGAAAUAGUGAAGUCUCGAGGAAGUGAUGAGACAGCUUUUCUACUUUGGGGAUAUGACAGAGAGAAUCAAGAAAUUGUUCUGGAGGUCCAGGUCAAAAAAGCAUCAUGGAUAAGCUUAGGACUCAGCCCUAAUGGGUCUCUCAAUGGAAGUGACUUUGUGAUUGCAGGCUGGCAUGAAGAACAAGUCUUUAUAUAUGAUGGCUACAUGACUGGGGAUUGGCCCCCCGAGAAGGAUGAGUCACAGGAUUAUAAACUGAUGGACUUGAAGAAUAAUGAUACACACAGCUUCCUGAGAGUUUGGCGCAAAUGGUUUACAUGCGACCCUUUUGACCAAGACAUUGAGAAUGACACUCUGCGUGUGAUUGUGAUCUACGGUGAAAGUAACGAUUUCACAUAUACAGAAGAUCACUUUUUCUACAGACCCACUUUUUUCCUGUUAGUGGAAUCAGUGUUUGAAAAUCCUAGUAAACUCCUGUCCUAUGAUCUCAAAUUGAAUAAUUUUCCUAUUCCAGAUCAAGACACUACAUACGCCUGCACUUUCCUCCCUCUACCCCAAGUUUCUACAAAACAUCAUAUUAUAAUGUAUGAGCCAAUGAUUGACCCCAAGAGUGUUGAUAUAGUCCAUCACAUUUUGAUCUACACUUGCGCCAACUCUACUGAAAUCACAUUUGAGGUUGGAGACUGUUAUGGCAGUGAUGUUCGAUUCUCACAAUGCAUGACACCCAUGCUGGGAUGGGCUGUAGGGGGAGAGGCAUUUUAUUUUCCAAAUACCACAGGCGUAUCCAUAGGCACAGAGAAUGACCCUCAGUAUAUCAGGAUUGAAAUUCAUUACAGUAACUUUGAAGAGAUAGAAGGAAUAAUAGAUAAUUCUGGAAUCCGGAUUUUGUACACACCUGAAUUGCGGGAACAUGAUAGUGCUAUACUAAUGGUUGGUGUAUUCACGUUCCCUCUACAAUUCAUCCCGCCAGGAUCAAAAAAUUUCAGAAAUUAUGGAAUUUGUGACACUAGCUUGAUCCCCGAGGUUCUAGGUAAGCCAGUGGGUGAUCUGACAGUCACUACAUUCCUUCUGCAUGCUCACCUCACCGCACGUGGAAUAAGGGUCAUGCAUUAUCGCAAUGACACUUUAAUUGGCAGUCUUGGUGAGGACAAUAAAUACGAUUUCACUUUACAACAAAUUAGAAACCUGCCUGGAACCGUCACUGUAAAAAUGGGUGAUAAGAUUAUGGUAGAAUGUACUGGAAACACUAUGGAUCGGGAGGGAACAACAUAUGGUGGCCCAAGUACUAUGAAUGAGAUGUGCAUAGGGUUUCUCUUCUAUCAUCCAGUGAUUGAGAUAGCUGCUUGCUGGAGCCUGGUUGACAUCAACUAUAUCACUGAAGCACUGGGGCAGGAGCACACUGAUAGUUUAAUGGAUGCCGUCCUCAACCUUGAUUCUAUAGAAUGGGAUGAUGAACUGAGGGAGAUUGCGCAGAAAGCAGAGAUAGAGUGUAAUCACUUUGCCAUAGUACAAAACCGCAAGGGGGAUAGAGUAAACCAGACGAUUCCAGCUCUGCCUGUCUCCCCACCGACCUCUCAUGCAUGCAAUAAAAGUAUUUCUCCAUAAAAUCCAAUUCUAAAUCUCUUGUGGAGAGUCAUUAGAGAUAUCUAGAACUAUUUCUUACUGUAGAAAAUACAGACAUGU